AUCGGCGCGCCCCCAGUGAGGCGGUUGGGGCGCACAAGGCGGCGGGGCUGCAGCGGCGGCAGGGGAUGUGCUGCGUGGACGCAAGGGCCGCAGAAUGGCCCCUUUGAAGAGGAAGUGCAUCUGCGACCUGUGCUCUUGCGGGCGACAUCACUGUCCACAUCUUCCUACGAAGAUUUAUGAUAAAACAGAGAAACCAUGUCUUCUCUCUGAAUACACCAAAAACUAUCCUGUCUAUCACUCUUACCUGCCCAGAGAAUCCUUCAAGCCCAAGCUUAUGUACCAGAAAGGGUCCAUACCAAUGGAAGGCCUGAGCACAUCGAGGAGAGAUUUUGGGCCUCACAGAAUAUUACCAGUGAAGUUGCCUCAGCCCAACCAGUUCAUCCCAAGUGAAGAGAAUAUGGAUGUGCUCACGACAUACAAACAAGAUUACAACCCGUACCCUCUCUGUCGAGUGGACCCCGUCAAACCUCGGGACAGUAAAUACCCAUGUGGUGACAAGAUGGAGUGUCUGCCUACGUACAAAGCUGAUUAUUUACCCUGGAACCAACCCAGACAAGAACCACUUCGUCCAGUAUACAACUACCAGCCAUCAUCAACCAAAUUUGAUAGUAGAACCACGCACCAGGAUGACUAUCCCAUCAAGAGUUUGGUGACCACCAUGAGCUGUAAGCCUCCAGCAGUGCCCGGACUCUGCAACAUCCCCCUGGAGGACCUGACUAACUACAAGAUGAGCUACGUGGCCCACCCUAUUGAGAAGCGCUUUGUGCAUGAGGCAGAGAAGUUCAGACCCUGUGAAAUCCCCUUUGAAAGCCUUACCACGCACAAAGAGUCCUUCCGGGGCCUGAAGGGGGAGCCUGCCAAGAGCUUGAAACCUCCAGCCAAGCCUUGGCUAGACGUACCUUUCUGUAACUCCACUGAGUUUCGAGAUAAGUACCAAGCUUGGCCAACGCCCCAACUCUUCUCCAAAGCUCCCAUCACCUACGUCCCUCCAGAAGAGAAGAUGGACCUUCUGACAACUGCACAGGCCCAUUACACAUACCCUAAGGGUGCCCCAGCUCAGUCCUGCCGUCCAGUGAUCCGGAUCAAGAAAGGUGGCCGCUUUGAAAGCUCCACCACCACCAAGGACGACUAUAAGCCGUGGGCCACCAUUCGCAUGGAGCCAGUCAAGCCCACUCCCAAGCUGGACCUUCCCACGGAGCCCCUGGACUACCUGAGCACAAGCCGGGCCCACUAUGUGCCACACCCCCCCAUCAAUACCAAAAGCUGUAAGCCCCCCUGGUCUGGCUCCCGAGGGAAUGUCCCGGUGGAGGGCCACACCACCUACACCAUCAGCUUUACUCCCAAGGAAAUGGUCCGGUGCCUGGCUUCAUACCCUGAGCCCCCCGGCUACAUCUUUGAGGAAACGGAUGCUUUUGGGCACAGGAUUUACAGGCCAGUGUCCCAGAUGGGCUCUCGGAGGAGCAGCUGUCUUUCUGUGGGUGAUGCGGAAAACCCAAACCAGAGGGAGUUGGCAGUGUCUGCCUGAUUAAAAAAAAAAAAACGGUAUUUAGAAGUUGCACUGUACUUUUAGAAGCAGACUAUUGAGAAUUAUUCCUUGGAUCAAAAAAAAGGAAAAAAAAUUCAUCAUUCCCAGGAUAUUUGAAUAAAAUGAGAAUCACUUGAGUCAAGGAAAAUGACAUUGAAUCUCUGGCUAAUAAACUCCCCUUAACCUCUGCUGUGUCCUUCCCCUCGGGUCCCCACCUUGUGCUCCUGGGAAUCAAAGCAGGUUUCUAUGAGGUUUUCCUGUA